AUGGAGGAGGAAAGUGCAAUAAGUUCAAGCGAAUUGCGCGAGGCGCCUCAAACGGACUCAUUAAUCAACGGGGACGUUCCUGAAAAGGAAACAAAUCAUGCGAGCGACGGAAAAGAAGCGAAUGUUAGUGCGUGUGUGAACAAUAAAAAUGAGAGCGGUGUCAUUCUAGAUGGUUUAGAGGACAGUAAAAACGUGACAGUGGAAUCAUUUUUAGAAAACGAAGUCUGUGAAGUGAUUGACGACGCGCGGUCUUUGGGAGACCUGGACAGUUUACCCGCGGGCGACGAGCUGGCACUUGGAGCUGCGGGUAGUGAUAGCGGAGUAGAAGGAUGUGGUCGAGCUCUUAGCAGCGGCGGAGGCUCCCGGUCGUGUGCUUCGAGUGUGGUGUCCUGCGGCUCAGGCUGCGGCUCCGAAAGUUCAUCUCUAGCGGGAGCACCGCUUCGCACAAGACGCCGCAACGUCACAGUUAUAGAAUCAAAGAAGAAUUCUCCUCUUGGAUCGUCCACGCCCCGUCCGACCACCGCGCCGCGUGGUCCCAACCUAGCAACACGCGAACGCGCCAGAAGUAGAGAGAAGCCAACACCACCUGAAAAGCCACGUCCUCUUACACCGAAACCGCGAAUCCGACCCACAACUGAUCUUCCAAACUUAAUCCGGGAAAGUCCUGCCCUGCGUGCCAAACCUACAAAAACGUCUACUGCGAGGUGUCGUACUCCAAAUUCUCCGAGCGACGAAAAGAAAUGGCCUCCUAACGGUCCACGGUUAACACCCGUCUCGGACUCAGGUGCGACAAGAGUGGCCGCUGAUAAAUACGGAACUUUACCGCGAAGGCGAAGAGAAGCUGACACAGAAAACUCACCCAAGCACGAGAACACACCGCCCACCUCCAGGAGGCCGACCAUCACCCGCUCUGCGUCUUCCCGAUCAACGGUGAAGACGAGAGUACGCAUUUACGCGGAGAAGAAUUGCCAGACUGUAUUAAUAGGAACGGAUGUCGAAUCAGCGUUAGCUGGCAUAAUACCGAGCAUUGAAAGCCGUAUAGAAGUGUCGCGUUGCCACCGCGGCGUGCAAGCAAGUGCACGCGACGUAGAAGCGGCGCGGUUAGCGGCGGCGGCGGCGGCUGCAGAAGCAAGUGCCGCCGAGGAGCGCGAGCGACGUUUGCACGCAGAGGCGCAACUCGCAGCAGAACGCGCGGCCCGCCUUUCAGCAAUCGCCGAACUCGAGCGAAACUCGCAGCGACUACUCGAACUCGCCGGUGCAGGUGCUGGUGCAGGAGCGGAGGGGUGUUUGCGGGCACUAGAGGAGCAACUGCGGUCUGCGGGAGAAUUAGCCGCGCGGCAACGCGGAGAAAUAGACACCUUACGAGAACAUUGUAACAGAUUACACAGUGAGGCGUUGAGUGCCCGCGAGGCGGCUCGGAUUGCCGAGGCGCGGUUGGUGGAGGCCGAACGCGAGGCGGCCGAGAUGCAGGACUUCCUCGCGGCCGAGACCAGCGCGCUUGGCGACUCACUGCGCGAGGCCGACGCCGAGCUCGUGCGCCUCACUGCCGACCUUGAGCGCAGGCGCGCGGAGUGCCGGCAGCUGGUGCGCAUGUGCGAGCAGCGGCGGCAGGAGGCGCUGGCGGCGGCGGCGCGCGCGCGCUGCGGCGGCGGCGCGGCGUCCGCGCUCGACGCGCUGGCGCGCCGCCUGCGCGCGCUCACCGACCAGGUGCUGCGCGCCUACGCACUGCCACGCGAUGCCGCGCUGCCCACGCUCUACCACAACGACGCUUACCACAGUCACAGUGACAGCGGAGAACAGCUGUCGCCGGAUGAAGAGGCACGAGGUGGACUGCUGGGUGCGAUCGUGCGCGCACUGCGUUCCACCCCCGCCUCCGCGCCCGCGCCCGCGCCCGCCCCCGCCUGCGCCCCGCUUGACGACGAGCGCUCGCGCGUCUCCGACGACAACGACAACUCGGCCGACCUGCUCGACUCCGAAACCGAGCCCUGCCUCGUCACCGAUCCAGAAUGCUUGGAGGAGUGGUGGUCGGGAGCAGAGGGCUGCGAGGGUGCGGAGGGCAACGACUUUGCUGGCGCCUGGAGUGGCGAAGAGCUAUCCCCCGAGCGAGAGUCCUACGGUGAAGACAGAGAGGGAGAAUCGGCUUCGGCGUCGGAGCGCGAGUCGCUGCGCAACCUGUCGGCGGCAAUCACGCAGCGGCAGCGCUCCGAGGCGGAGGACGCGGAGCGCGGCUCGCUGCUGGAGCGCGUGCUGGCGCUCGACGCGCGCCUGUCCGAGCUGCUGCGGGCGCUGCGCCUCGCCGCCGCGCGCGCGCACGACGCGCCCGCCGCCGCGCUCGCGCACGCACUCAGAGACAAGAUCGAUGUAACGGAAAAGAACGUAGCGGACGUGGUGGUGAAGAAAUUGGCUGAACUGGACGCCAGUAAGAAUAUGAUGGAGCAGUAUAGGCAGUCCGUCGAAACGCUAAGAAAACAGGUGGCACAGUACGAUGAAGAAGACGACGUGGAUAUGAUUGAGAAGGAGCUGGCAGGUUGCGACGAAAAUGAGCGGCGGCAGCGAUACGAAGCGCUGGACUCAGCGCUGGCAGCGCUAGCCGCAGUGGACGGCUGGGCGCGCCUCGCAGCGCUGCAGCGCCGCCUCGAGCGCCUCGCCUUCGCGCUCGCCGCGCCGCCCGCGCCGCAACCGCUCCACACCGCCGCCACCAACAACUUCACAACACCCUAG